CCCAACCCCACCCAGGGGCCCGGAUGACAAUACGUAUCUGAAAGCCUUUCUCCUGCAUGUACCCGACGAUGAUGCAACAGAACGGCAGCGCGCUCUUCUCCCGGUAACACGCGUAUUCGGCUACGUCCACAAUCCAACCACCAGUGACGUCCACUUUUGCCGCUCCAAUUCUAGCAACAUGCUUCGUCGCAGCCACAAGAAAUCACGGGCAGGUUGCUUGGAAUGCAAGCGACGGCACGUCAAGUGCGAUGAAAUUCGCCCAGUAUGCCGCUUAUGCACUAUGUCCGGGCGGGAAUGCAACUAUGCCUCCCACGCAGGAUCCGAGAACGUCUCGACAUUGGAUACAUUUCCCUAUGAACAGUCAAUAAGCCCAGGCGACAACCAUAACCAGGGUAAUGUCAGCAUACACGCUGCUAGCCCAUAUACUGAUGCCUCUCCUUCCAAUUCCGCCUUACCGGAACUUCCAAAUAUCAGCGACCACCAAAAUGUGGCCCUUCACGAGGCCAUCAAUCUCAGUCACAUGGAGCUUCUCAUACACCUGAUUAACGACAAGGAGAUUUUCAACCUCGGCCUCGGCGAUACCCAUCUCUCUAGCAUCUCUUUCGGCCUCAAAUUAAGCCUCGAAUUUCCAUAUCUGUUGCAUCAGUCUCUUGCCUUCUCCGCCCGUCGCCUGGCGUUCCUCCACCCAGAGCGAGCCGCCUUCUAUCUCCACGAAGCUGUCUCCUUGCAAACCCGCGCUGUCUCGCUCUUUAACGCCGCCUUUACCGAGGUCAACCGGUCUAAUUGCGUCGCAAUACUUCUCUUUUCGGCGGUCCUGGGACAUCACCUCCUCGCCGACACGCUCGCGAAGCGGGACCUGGGCGAGCUAGAGGCAUUCAUGAGCUACUACAUGCAGUGCCUGGAGAUGCACAGGGGCAUCUACACUAUCGCCACCACUGCCUGGCCGCUGCUAAUGGAGUCGGAGCUCGAGCCGAUCCUGUCCUUGAGCUCAAACUUCCACUCGCGAGUGCCGAGAGGCAACGAUUGCCAGCGGAUUGGCGAGCUGGUGGACGGCGCGGAUGGUCUGGAUGAGGAAGGUAAGGAGGCAUGUCGGAUGGCGAUUCAGUAUCUGCAGGUAGGUUUCGACGCAAUGUUCGCGCAGGAGGAGCACGGUAAACGAUACAAUAUGAUCUUCUCCUGGGCACUGCUGGUGCCGCCAGAAUUCACAAGGCUGUUGGCAGCUAGACGACCCGAAGCGUUGGCUGUGCUGGGAUACUAUGCGUUGUUGCUGCAUUAUGGGAGGAACAUGUGGCAGGUUAGGGACUCCGGGACGUAUAUAUUGGGUAUCGUUGUGGACUAUCUCGGCCCAGAGUGGCAUCAUUGGCUUGAAUCUCCGCGGGAAAGAGUAGCUCAAGAUCUGGAAUGAGUACUUUCGUCCUGUUUCCCUGGCUUCUUUCCCUGGCUCCUAAUGGCACAUGAAGCUGGCUGCUGUCCGUGCCGACUGAGUCCGGAAGCGCAGGUGCAAGAAAACUGUCGGCCACGUCUGGUCAUAAAAAGCACUAUCAUUCUUUUACCCCAGCUUAUCCCCUACCUUUACCUAGGAAGUCCCCCUUCCUCGCUUAUAGCCACUAUCGGCGCGUCCGCAAGCACCUCCACACCCUCCACUCGGCUCGAUGGACGAAGCGCUGCACCCUACAUACAGCAUACUCAAGCCCACCGAAGGCACACAGGCCCGUCAAGACACAUCCAUGCGGCGAAACGCCCAGAAAGUGCGACCUCGUAUGUUUUAAGUGCUCAGGUAAACACCGCUAAUCGAAGACCUCUAUGCUGCAACGGCAGGGAUUAGUUAGUGAAUACUGGAG